AUGAACGCUUCAUCUGCCAAUGUGACGGUGGUUUUACAAUAUCGAGACUCCUUCACAAAAGCUGUGGUCAAGAAUGUGAUUGUUGUGGUUGUCGGAAUCUCCAUCAACCACAUCAAUGCAGGCCUUAUUCACACCUUCUGCAAACACCAGAUAUUCUACAGGAAUCCUCGAUACAUCCUUUUCAUUCACCUGGUGAUCAACGACAUGAUCCAAGUAACCCUGUCCGUUACCCUGUUUGUCAUCAGCUACACCAUCUACAAAAUAAAUGUCUCCCUCUGCUCCACCUUCAUCUUACUUGCUCUUUUCACCACUGAAAACACCCCUUUGAACCUGGCCUGCAUGGCGGUAGAGUGCUACAUCGCCAUCUGCCUCCCUCUUCGCCACGUGCAGAUUUGUACAGUCAAGAGAACGUUGAUGCUGAUUGGUUUGAUCUGGUCAACGAGCAUGUUGUCUGUUCUCUCUGAUCUGUUCAUCACUUUGGCCACAGAGCAGCUGGGCUUCUUUCAUUCCAGAGUCUUCUGCCUCAGACAAACUGUCUUCCCAAAUCCCCUCAUCAUCAAGAAGAGAGAUAUCACAUAUUCAGUCUUUCUAGUUAUAGUCUGGUUCACUAUUGUUUACACGUACUUCAGAAUUCUGUUCACUGCAAAAACAGCUAGCAAAGAUACUAAAAAGGCCAGAAAUACUAUCCUUCUACAUGGGCUUCAGCUGCUGCUGUGUAUGACAUCAUAUGCAGCCCCCCAGUUGAAACAGGCUCUGCUGCAGUGGUUCCCUCAGAAUUACACAGACUCUCUAUUUGCCUGUUAUAUUAUUGUACAGAUCCUGCCACGAUCCAUUAGCCCUAUUAUCUAUGGCAUGCGAGACAAAACUUUCAGGACAUACCUGAAACAGUGUCUGGUAUGUAAAAGACAGCGCACAUUAAAGUCCUAG